AUGUGUAGAAUGUUUGUCUGGAAUGGUAGUGUUAAUGCUAGCAGGAAAAGCCCUGUGGCUUGGAAGACACUGUGCAAACCAAAAGCUCAGGGGGGACAAGGUCUGCUGGACCUUCAGAUGUGGAACAACAUUGCCAUGAUAAAGUGCUUAUGGAAUUUGUGCAAAAAGUCUGACAACAUGUGGGUCAAGUGGGUCCAUAUGUAUUAUUUGAAAAAUAACAAUGCUAUGGAGGCAAUUAUUAGCAAAGAUUGUUCUUGGGUGAUUAAGAGGAUCAUGGAUGCAAGAGGUGAGGUACUGCAACAUCCACAAAUUUGGGAGAGAUUACUUAGCCAGGGUAAAUUCCAGAUGAAGAUGAUGUAUGAUGCAAUGACUGGUCAUGAACAGAAGGUUGAUUGGAGGACUAUAUUUCAUCGAAACUUGGCGAGACCUAGGGCUAAUUUUGUUACAUGGAUACUAUGUCAUGAGAAAUUGGCAACUAAAGAUAGACUUAGGAGGUUCAAUCUGAUCACUGAUAGCAUAUGCAGUAUAUGCAAGGAGGAUGAUGAGUCUAUUGCUCACCUGUUUUUUGAAUGCAGGGAUAACAAAGAUGUGUGGUGCAAAGUUCUGAAUUGGAUCGAUUAUGCUCACAGACCGCUCCCCUGGAAAGAGGAAUUGAAGUGGAUCACUAAGGAAGCGACUAAGAAAAGUUGGAGGGCCAGCCUCUUAAAACUUGCUUUCUCUGAAACUGUCUAUGGCUUAUGGUAUAGAAGGAAUAACAUAGUCUUUGCUAAGGGGACUCACACUGAUAUAGUUCACAGUAUUAUAGAUAAUAUUGUAUACAGAAGCUGGUUGUCUAAGAAGCUUAGAGACCAUGUAGUUCAUUUGAUGAUGUAA